AUGUUGCUGUUCACUCUACUGGACCAGAUGUUCCCGCCCAAGGCGAAGUGGACGCCGACGGAUAUCCCUGAUUUGGACGGCAAGACAUUCUUGGUGACCGGGGGCAAUACGGGACUUGGAAAGGAAACGUGCAAACACUUGCUCCUGAAAGGUGGCGAUGUGUGGUUCACAGCACGGUCUGCGUCGAAGGCCGAGCAAGCCAUCGCAGAGCUGGAGAAGGAGACCGGUCGGCAGGCACGGUUUCUCCAACUGGACCUUAGCGAUCUUUCUAGUGUGAAGCGCUCAGCAGAAGAGUUCAAGACGAAGCAGCAGCGCCUUGACGCAUUGAUUCUCAAUGCGGGGGUUAUGCAUCCCCCAAUCGAACAGCUGACGACCCAGGGAUACGACAUGCAGUUUGGUACCAACGUGCUAGGUCACUUCCUCCUGAUUAAGCUCCUCCUUCCUUUGCUUCGCUCCACCGCUACUGGUCCUUUGGCAAAAGGCGAACCCUCUCGUAUAGUGUGGGUGUCUUCAUCCACGAACUAUUAUUUCAACCCGCCUGUGAAGUAUGACACUCUCAAAGACUCCCCGCAACGAACUGCGCUCGGAAACUUCCAGCUUUACGCACAGAGCAAGUUCGCAACUGUGAUGCUCGUGUUCAAGCUUGCGAAGCUGCUCGAGGGUGAUUAUGGUGCUAACGGCAAGGUAGUCGCCAAUGUUGUAGACCCUGGAAACAUCAGGACGGAGCUUCAACGGUAUGCUACUUUCGGGGAGAGGAUAUUGGUACGUUGUGCUCGUCCUCAUGCGUGUGCCGUUGCAUUAACGUCCCCGACCGUACAGCAUUGGAUACUCCUUCAUCCGACUCCGUUGGGAGCUUACACGCAACUUUACGCUGCGACGAGCCCGGAAGCGGCAAGGCAGAACGGGAAGUACUUCUACCCCUGGGCGAGGACCACAGAUCCUGCGCAGGGAACCUUCGAUGAACGCGAACAGGACAAGAUAUGGGACUUCUGCGAGGAGGCCGUCAAACCGUUUGCAUAG